GUGUGUGUGUGUGAGAGAGAGAGAGAGAGAGAGAGAGAGAGAGAGAGAGGAAAAAAUCUAGUAAACCUGACAAAGAGUUGGAGAAAACAGUCCGGACUGUCGGAGGUAGAGGAGACUGGGACGCGCGAGGCGCAGCGCAGCGCAGAGACGCACACUGAUGGAUUUUAGGACAUUCCGCCUGGGACAGCCUUCAGCCUCCUGCCACGUCCUUUAGCGCCAGAAAACUUUAUGUCCAGUUGACAAGUGCGCUAAUCGGGAGCUCUGGACAUGUUCUGCGCUCUGGGAGAAACUUGGUGACGGAGAGGAGCGGUUCUGAAGGGAGAAGCAGCGGCUUGGGUUUCUGCGCUGUUUUCGAAGGAUAACUCUGGACUCGGAUUUCUGCGCGUGACUUUGGACCACGGUGCCGCUCGGUUUUGGAAUAUAAACACUUCUGAUCAGAGUCGAUGUCUGCUUAUUUUGGAAGCUGGAAAAACAGGACAGCGCCUCUCCAAACAUUUUUCCUGCAUUGCGUUGGAGACAUUCUUCUCCCUGGAUUCACCUCAUGCACUCUCCUCGCGUAUCCGUGCAUGCCUAAACACAGACCUCCACGAUUUUAGUCCGCACUGUCCAGGUGACUGGGUGAAUUCCAGUGAGUGACAGCCUAAUCCAGCAGCAGUUGAUGGUUGGGCCGAGCCCCUCAGAUGGGAUCAGUGUCCAGGGGGAGGUGGAGAAGGGGGGCAUGGGGAGCUCUCACCCCCUCUAACGGGAUGGCCUUGUGGGUCUGGUUGCUGGCCUCCGUCCUGCUGUCCCUUCUGACUGUCAGCGUGGCCCGGCCGCCUCUCACCGCCACCAAAGUGGAGGAGGCAACCCUAGAGCCUGAAGAGGCAUCGAACAAAUACCAAAUUUCUAAGCCCACGGUGUGCUCAGUGCACCCGGGGGAGGUGCUGAAGCUGAGCUGCCCCCUGCCAGCGACGGGGACCAUCACUUGGACCAAAGAUGGCAGCUCUUUGGGCACCAACAACCGCACGCUGAUAGAACAUGAGGUGCUGCAGAUCCGUGAUGCCACGCCCAAGGAUUCGGGCCUGUACGCCUGCACCAGCGUGGGCAAAGACACGGUCUGCUUCAUAGUCAAUGUCACAGAUGCCAUCUCAUCGGGGGAUGAUGAGGACGACACAGAGCGAUCGGAGGACACCGGCGCAGAUGGAGAGCAGUUAAGCGCUCCGUACUGGACCUCAUCAGCCAAGAUGGAGAAGAAGCUGCACGCAGUGCCAGCUGCCAACACCGUCAAGUUCCGCUGCGCCGCAGGAGGCAACCCCAAGCCGUCGCUGCGUUGGCUAAAAAACGGCAGGCUCUUCCGCCAAGAAGACCGCAUGGGAGGAUACAAGGUGCGGCCACAGCACUGGACCCUCAUCAUGGAGAGCGUGGUGCCGUCGGACAAGGGAAACUACACCUGCUUGGUGGAAAACAAGUUCGGAUCCAUCAACCACACCUACACGCUGGAUGUAGUCGAACGUUCUCCCCACCGGCCCAUUCUCCAGGCUGGUCUCCCCGCCAACACCACUGUCCGCGUUGGAGAGGAUGCCCGCUUUGUCUGCAAGGUCUACAGCGAUGCUCAGCCUCACAUCCAGUGGCUGAAACACAUCAGUAGGAACGGCAGUCGGUUGGGCCCUGAUGGUCACCCCUACGUCAGAGUGCUAAAGCGUUCAGGCAUUAACAGCUCAGAUGUGGAGAUGCUCACCCUUACCAAUGUGACAGAGGACGAUGCUGGAGAGUAUAUCUGUAAAGUCUCCAAUUAUAUAGGCGAGGCCAGCCAGUCGGGCUGGCUGACUGUCAUCCCAGCGCCUGACAAAUCCAUAGAGCCCAUUUCUCCAGAUUAUGUGGAAAUUGCCAUUUACUGCGCCGGCGUCUUCCUCAUCACCUGCAUGGUGGCCAUCGUGGUGGUGUGUCGCAUGAGAAACACCACAAAGAAGCCCGACUUUGGGGGGCAACCGACGGUCCACAAACUCACCAAACAGAUUCCUCUGCGCCGCCAGGUAACAGUGUCGGCUGAUUCGAGCUCCUCCAUGAACUCCAGCACCCCCCUGGUACGCAUCACCACCCGGAGGAGCUCGGCACACGACGAGCCGAUCCCCGAGUACGACCUUCCGGAGGAUCCGCGAUGGGAGUUCCCCAGAGACAGGUUGACUCUGGGAAAACCUCUGGGAGAAGGCUGCUUCGGCCAAGUUGUAAUGGCAGAGGCCCUGGGCAUCGAUAAGGACAAACCUAAGGAGGCGGUCACUGUUGCCGUCAAAAUGCUGAAAGAUGACGCUACUGAGAAAGACCUGUCCGACCUGGUGUCGGAGAUGGAAAUGAUGAAGAUGAUUGGCAAACACAAGAACAUCAUCAACCUUUUGGGAGCCUGCACUCAGGACGGUCCUCUAUAUGUGAUAGUUGAAUAUGCCUCCAAAGGAAACUUAAGGGAAUACCUCAGAGCGCGCCGGCCACCCGGCAUGGAAUACUCCUACGACAUCGCCCGCGUCUCCGACGAGCAGCUCACCUUCAAAGAUCUCGUCUCCUGCACGUAUCAGGUGGCACGGGGCAUGGAGUACCUAGCAUCACAGAAGUGCAUACACAGAGACCUGGCAGCCAGGAACGUCCUGGUUACAGAAAGCAACGUCAUGAAGAUCGCCGACUUCGGCCUGGCUAGGGACGUCCACAACAUCGACUACUAUAAAAAGACCACCAAUGGUCGUCUACCAGUCAAAUGGAUGGCUCCAGAGGCACUUUUUGACCGGGUUUACACACACCAGAGUGAUGUCUGGUCAUUUGGGGUGCUAAUGUGGGAGAUCUUCACCUUAGGGGGCUCACCCUACCCUGGCAUUCCUGUUGAAGAGCUCUUCAAGUUGCUAAAGGAGGGCCAUCGCAUGGACAAGCCCGGCAACUGCACGAACGAGCUCUACAUGAUGAUGAAAGACUGCUGGCAUGCCAUCUCAUCUCAGAGGCCAACCUUCAAGCAGCUAGUAGAAGACUUGGACCGAAUACUCACCUUGAGCACCAACGAGGAGUAUCUGGACCUGUGCGCCCCGACGGAACAGUAUUCCCCCAGCUUCCCUGACACCCGGAGUUCCUGCUCCUCCGGUGAUGACUCUGUGUUUUCCCACGACCCCUUACCAGACGAGCCCUGCCUCCCCAAGUACCAGCACAUUAACGGGAAUGUCAAAAGAUGAGCUGUCACCCAUCCUCCGUUGUGUUGCUUUGACCUUCCCCAACCCCGGAGCUCCUCAACAGGUGUGCAGCACGGACACCUUCUCUUUCCUCCGCUCUCCCUCUGGAUCCCAUCGGACUAACGGACCCAGACGAGACCGGGCUAGAGGCAGCACUGCUGUCGCGCACUCACACUGCCAUGCACUCUCACGACACGUGAGGCCUUACAGAAGAGGAUGCUCCUCCUCUUCCUCUCUCACACACAAACACAGAUUUUUCCUCAUCUUUUUUUACACAGACGUUGAAAAGUGUUAUUCGCUUUGGUGAUCCAGUUGGCAUUCCAAGACUGACGUUCGCUCCUGGAGGAAUGUAAGGACCAAAAUGAACUUCAAACAAGAAGAACAAGGAAGGAGAAAAAUAGGAAGUGGAUGGAAAGACUGAGUUUUUACUAACAAAACAGGAAUAGGAAGAAGAAAAUAUAUUAAAAAACAAACUUUUAUCCUGAUUAUUUUGUAAUAUUGGUGCAUUUCUCUCAACGAAACAUCCCCAGUCAUUCUAGAAACAGAAUACACAGUAUAUGUAUAGUGCUGGGUAUAUUUGUAAAUAUAUUCAAAUAUGUAUAAAAAUAUAUUUUAUAUUUACUAUGAAUUAUAUUUUGUAUGGACUCGAAACUAUCCCCUCUUCCUGCUUCGAUGUGGGAGGCAGGUAUGCUGACCGGUUGUGUGUCCGGGGUUUCUCUCUGUUGUCCCCACAGAGACGUGGACACACUUUUCUAUGUGAAAACACUCUUUUAUAACACAGCUGAGUAUUGUUUUUCAGGUACUGCAGUAGCAUGUUAAUUUAUUGACUUAUAUACUUUUAAAAUUAAUUGAAAAUAAUACAAAUAUGGCUGAAAUGAUUGCAUUAAGGAUGCAGAUUAUAUGAAAAUAAUCCAAUAAAUGUACGAUAAUUUAAAAUAAUCUUUCAGCAGUAACAAAAAUAUUUUUAGAUGAUUGAAAAGAUCAUGGUUUUGUAAGUUUUAUAUAUGAAUGUGAAUAUUAAGUUAAAUUUUUAAAAACUGUACAUUUUAUAGUCAUCUAAUCCCUUUCUCAUGUAGAUGUUGAUGCCAGUCAUUUUUUUUAAAUAUUCUUUAGAACAUAAGAGGCCUAUUUCUGGAUAUUUAUACAUUGGUGUCAAAGACAUGAGCAAUAGCUACUAGUAACCCACUUCCUCAUUUAGAAUAAAUAUAGACCCAAAUUCACCUGACAGAACUGAAAUCUGUAAGACAAAAGUGUUUUUUUAGGUGUUUUCUACUGGACCAACAUUAAGAUGUUUUGCAGGUGCUCAUGACUCAUUUGCAAAAUAAAUAUUGAAAAAACA